AUGUCCAUGUCCCGCAGCAGGGGUGGAGGCGUGGGACAGAUCAGCGGUGGUUUUGGCAGCAGGAGCCUUCACAAUCUAGGGGCAAGCAAGAGGAUUUCCAUGAGUGGAAGGUAUUGUUCUGCUAGACCAGGAUACAGUUAUGGGUCAGGUAUUCGAGAGGUCAUGGUCAACCAACACCUCUUGGUACCUCUUAACUUGGAGAUUGACCCCAACAUGCAGAGAGUGCGGCAGGAGGAGAAGGACCAGAUCAAAUCCCUCAACAACAAAUUUGCCUCCUUCAUCGACAAGGUGCGGUUCCUGGAGCAACAAAAUAAAGUGCUGGAGACCAAACGGAGCCUCUUGAAAGACCAAAAAAUUGUGAAAAAUAACCUUGAACCUAUGUUUGACACGUACAUCAGUAACAUGAGGAGACAGCUCGAGGCUCUAGGAGGGGACAGGCUGCAGCUCAGCUCACAGCUGAAGGCUAUGCAGGAUGCUGUUGAAGACUUCAAGAUCAAGUACGAAGAGGAGAUCAACAAGCGCACGACUGCAGAGAAUGACUUUGUUUUGCUCAAGAAAGAUGCGGAUGCUGCCUACAUGAACAAGGUGGACCUGCGGACCAAGGUGGAUGCACUGACAGAUGAGAUAAACUUCCUGCGAGCCCUCUACGAAGCAGAGCUGUCUCAGAUGCAGACCCAGAUCUCCGACACCUCUGUGGUCCUAUCCAUGGACAACAACCGAAACCUGGACCUGAACAGCAUCAUUGCAGAGGUCAAAGCGCAGUACGAGGACAUCGCUAACCGGAGCCGGGCAGAGGCCGAGUCCUGGUACCAGAGCAAGUAUGAGGAGCUGCAGCUCACAGCUGGCCGGCACGGGGACGACCUCCACAACUAAGAGGUGAACCGCAUGAUCCAGCGGCUCCACUCGGAAAUUGAUAGCGUAAAGAAACAGUGCGCCAGUUUGCAGACGGCCAUCGCAGAUGCUGAGCAGUGCGGGGAGAUGGCCAUCAAGGAUGCCAGGGCAAAACUGGCUGCCCUGGAAGAUGCCCUGCAGAAAGCCAAGGCAGACCUGGCCCGGCAGCUCCGCGAGUACCAGGAGCUCAUGAACGUCAAGCUGGCCCUGGACAUUGAGAUUGCGACCUACAGGAAGCUGCUGGAGGGAGAGGAGAGCAGGCUGGCUGGAGAAGGCUUUGAUGCAGUGAAUAUUUUUACAGACCAGCAGAGCCCUAGCACCAAGAAGUAUGCUUGCACAGGUCCACCUCCAGGCCCGAGGGAAUUAAAAGAUUGUUCUCGAGGCCAACAAAAUUAG